CUACUAACAUAAUAAAAAAAUUAUUUACUUAUAGUUUUUUAUUCAAAAAAAAUUAUUUUUCUUUAGGGAGAGGCGCACUCUUGUAGAUCUGCCAAUUUUCUGUGUUUAUUUGUAUAUAAUACAAUGUUACGUAAAUAAGUAAGAGUUCGGAUAAACGUUUCUCGCAAAUUCUUUGUUGUCACAUUUAUUCCUCUCUACAAUUUUUCAAAAUGAUGUACUCGUAUUCACAUCGUGUUUCGAGAUUGCAUUUUCCAAGAUUUUUAAAAAUUUCUUUUAAACAUUUCUCUCUUUUUUAUAUUUAAUUUAACUAGCAUUGGGUUUUUAAUGUUAUUUUUUAAUUAUUUAUUAUUUUAAGCUGCUUCUAAUGGUUUUUUUUGUCUUUGUUUUAGGUAAGUAUGGAGGAAGAUAACCUCCAGUUGGGAAUAAUCAAUUGAACUCGAGAUAACUUGAAGUUGAUCAACUAAAUUCUUUUCUUUGUUCGUACGUAUACAUUUCGAAACUUGAAGCAACUUUGGUAAGAUACUUAGUAUUUGCUAUAUAUUGUAAAGUACUUAUGUUUGAGGUGGUAUUUGUUGGUUUUUCUACUUUAAUAGAUGGAAUAAGAAGUGAUUCUUGUAUCUGGAAAAAAAUAAAUUUCUUUAAGAAGAGUAUAUACCAAAAUACAGUGAUGGUUUUAUUUCUCGAGUGUACCCUUAGAGUGCUAUUGCAAGUUAUCUCCAGAAAAAUAUAUUGCUCAUCAAAUGCUAGAAUAGAAAAUAACUUUAUUCUGGGACGAAGUUUCUCAAGAAUAACAGAAUAAAUAAAAAAGAAAUAGAAAGAAAAAAAUAAUAACAUUUGACUAAAACAACUGUUACAUUAAAAUAAAAAAUAGCUGGCUAAAAAGCUUUAAGUAAAUAAACUAUACAUAUACAAAAUCAAACCAAUGAGACUAUUUACAAAAUACUACAAUUAUAUUCAAUACAAAUAAGAAAUUAUACGAACUAUGAAACAAAAUAAUCGCUGCACAACUAAAAAUAUAAAAUAAUAUAAUAAUCAAAAGAAAAAGAUUUAAAAAAGAAAAAGAAACAGUAGAAUAUAAAAUAAGCUCCUCUAAUAAAUGAGCAACAAAUCUCCUAUUAAUAAAAGAAAAUUUCAAUUCUUAUUGAAAUACACAUGUAAACAAAUAUAUACAUGUUGUCAAAUGAAAGAUUGUGUGAAAAAAAUAUGUAUACAUAGAUAUGUGUGUGCAUAUAAAAAAAAAGGUAAGUAAUAUGUACAAAAAUAAAAAAUUCGGUUUUUUAUAUUAUUACUUAAUGUAAUGGUUGGCCGUUUUCUGACUGUUGCGAAAAAAGAAAUUGGAACAGAAAAGUUUUAAAAGUGAAUAGGGAUGGAGCAUGUCGAAUUUGUAUAGGUAAGGAAUGCCAGAAAAAGACAGAGCGGACCACGAAGGAGUUUUAAAAAGUGACAGAUCUGUGAAAAGUAGUAUAAAGUUCAGAUGGUCAGGAUCUUGUGGUGUGGGAGUAGACAGAGGACUUGAAUUGGAGAAGAUCACAGAUAUAGAAGGGGCAACGAGUGUUGAUAAUUUGAUAGGAAAUUGUCUAGGAAAUAUUGUCUACGAAAGAUAUAUAUAACUAGAUGUGAUAUACUGUAUAUAUAAUAUAUAACUAUUAUUUAUAAAUACUGGUCUCGCCAAGAAAUGUUUUAUGUAUAUAUUAAAGAAUUACAGGAUAUCACUUCUUAAGUAAAGCCGUACUAAUGCAACACAUGACGCCAUUAAAAAUACCAAGACUUUAGGUUGUGACUCGCUUUAUAAACUGUAAUGACAUGUACCAUUGGAAAGUAAUUUUUAACAUAAUUUAUAAACAUGAAUAAUAAUUGUUACUUCAAAAAUAAACCAAAACGAAAACAUAAUGCAUCAGCACAAACUAACCAUAGCUAACCAUCUUUUCCUCAGUCAGUAAUUUCCUGUUUUGAUUUUGUUCUAAUUGUUAAGGAAAUGAUUCACUAACAAUUUUUGAUUACUAGAACAUUUUUUUUAAUAUAUUACUUCAAAAAAAAAAUAAUUUUUCCAAAUAAAAAAAUUAUGUUUUUUUCUAAGCUAAAAGUUAUAUUUAUAUUCUGAAUAGGAAUAACUGUUUGGGCGCCAUUUAAGGUGCGCUGUUAUCGGAGGAUUGCGUUGAAUAUUACAGGCCUUCCUCUUGGUCGUGCCGUUUAUAAUUUGCUAGUAUUUAUUUAAUUAGUGCCAUUCCAUCAGCUAUUUUAAUCUUUGCUAAAUUAGACGGCAUUUAGCAGAAGAAAACCGGACCGCAAACUAUGCUAAAAUGAAUUAGAGCUGGUUUUAUAUUUACACAAUGAUGCAGGGUUACCGUAUUUAGCAGCAAACAAUGUUAUAUCGAAUCAGGUGCCUUCAACGAUAAACCCAAGUUGACAAAAAUAUAUUUAAUCUUAAACUACACGGACAUCACAACGGACUUACCACCGACAACCCCACGGCUUACAUGCUCAUCAGGAGGCGACUGAAAAGGAGCUGGAUGAGAGAUCUCGUUGCCUGAUUUAAGGAUGUAAACAGACCAGAGAAGAGGUGCUGUUGGGUACUAUUCUUCAUCAUGCCUCUCAUACCAUUUUUUUUCUCACAACAAAUCUGCUAAUUGUCACUACCGUGACAGGUGGGGAUGGAGAUUUGAAUACAAAAAAAAAUUCUUCUAUUAUAUAAACAUCUGUUAACAGAUCAUAUUUUAUUUGAUACUUUACACCACCAUUUGUUUAAUAAAAUACAAGAUACAUCAUUCAAUAGCGUCCAAAUACGAACUGAAAGAAAUGGAACAUUUCUACACAGCUUAGAGUGGUUAUAAUCAAACAGCUGAUUAUAAUUGAUAAGGACACAGAUGAAAACAAAGAAACAUAUACUCACCAACUAAAAUACAUAAAUAAGCCACAAAAAUACAGAUAAAAAAGAAACAAUAAUGAAUACGAAAAUAGACAGGAGAGGAAGUUAUCAUAAAAAAAAUUAGCUAGAUUUAUUCAACGUUUCAGUGUAAACCUUAUUUAAAUUGCUAUGAUCAGUUUUAUAGUUAACGGCGAUUUCUAAAUAUUCUGCAAUAUGUAUAACCUCAUUGAUUCAAAUGUAACUGAUACUUUUCUAUAACAGUUACAAAAAGUAACUGGUAGGGUUAAUGUGCAAAAGAUCCCUGACCCAAUCGAAUUCUUUAGAUUUUUCUACGCCGUUAACGUUUCUCUUGAAUUUCCUCAAAACAUGCGCAAUGCGAAUCGGUUUCCUUCUGUUAAAUGGCAUCAAAUUGAAACUAAAACAAGGGUUCUAAACAUGAAAUUAAAAUUACAAUCAUUGAUUUAUUGUUUACAAUUUUGUGUUUUCGUCUGAAUUGAACUACAGUAGAAAGAAUAAUCGAUUCUUGAAGACGAUCAAGCCAUCGAUUCGGCUGUAUGUACUCUUUAUUAUCAGGGGUUAUUUAUGGACUUAUCAGUUGGGGAGGUUAUGGACGAUGGUAAGUGGUUGUCGUGAACCAUCGAGGUUGGAAAUAAGAAAAUAAAGAGGAGGCGGUCCGGCGUGAACAAUUACAAAGUUGAAAGUUCGUGCCUCGGUGCCGUCACGAACUGAGUGCCGCGUGGCGUGGGGUCACGAGCGACAGUCGGACACUUGGGCCAGCUCCCUCGUUAUAUCCUCGUACUCUAUCGCCGGGCCUCUUUCUUAUCUCAACUCUAAGCUUCUUCGUUUUCGGCAAGUAUAGUGGACUAGUCUGCCCCCGGCAAAUAUAGUGUAUUAGUCUGCCCCGGUCGGAACGUCAACAAGAUGUAACUAUCCUUCAAUCUGCGAUGCAGCGGAACAUUCGUUUCUACAAUUAUCUGUUCAACACAAUUCUUUUUAAAUUUAUUUAAAAAUAUAAUAAUCUGUCACAUGGACAAUAAUUGUAGUGAUAUAUGAACACAUUCACACCAUAUAUACAGAAAAUAUAAAAUAAUAAUCAAAAACUAUGUACAAUAAAAAAUAAAAUAACCUAAAGAUAAGUAAAUCAAAAAAACAUAAAAACACAGUCAUACCUAUAUACAAUAUAUACAAUUAGGCAGAGAACCCUAAGCCAGGCUUCUCCCUCCAACUAUAGAAGGAAAAGCAGAAAACCAAGAGAUCCCUGCGCUACUCUCUCAACCGCCUCACUGGUGCUAAAGCCAGUGGAAUUUGAGCGAGAGCGCUUUAGCCACAUACACUCAUAUCUUGAGUGGAGUACCUGACCAUUGCCAGAACUCCAAGACAUAUACUACAAAAGAUCUCUGGGCCACUGCCGCUUCAACCUUCGAGUAGGAAUGUAGAGAUGAGUGGAACUAGAUGGAGAUUGUGUUAGGGGAUUUGGAUGAUUUAUAAGUUUCUAAUGGAAUUUGGAAACAUUUUCAGGGAUAAGGUCGAGGACAAAUGGGAUAUUAAGAUCAUGAUGUAGGGUGUUGUUGGUUACAUAGAACUGAGCAUCGACUAUUGUUCGGAGGACUUUGGACUAAAAGGAUUGGUUGCGUUUGAUGUUAGAAAAUUUUGCUGCCUCCCAAAGUUCAAGUCCAUAGGUCAAAAUAGGUUUCAGGAUUGUCUUGUAGAUUAGUAAUUUGUUGUCAAUUGAAAGUUGAGAUUUUCUAGUCAGUAGUCUGUAUAAUUGGCCGUAUCGUCGGUUAAGUUCUUGUCUUUUAAGUCUAGUAUGUGGGUUCCACGUUAGUCUUCGGUCUAAGAUAAAGCCAAGAUACCGAACUGUGUCUGAAAAAGGAAGCUGGAUGGAAUUAAAGUACACUGAUGAACAUGAUCUGCCCCGGACCGUGAAGGUAAUGUGUUUGCAUUUGGAUUCGUUUACUUUGAUGCGCCAUUUAUUCAACACAAUUAACGAAACUUCAUACUUUAUUAAGACUGUGAAAUUAACAAUUUAGAAGAAGAAGAAAAGUAAAUUUUAUCCUGGGACAGUAAGUCCCCUUAGAAUAACUACAAUGUACAAUUUUGUUAUCUAGAUCUAACAUGAAAAUAAAAAAAAGCAUUUCAAAUUAUACAUAAAUCUAAAUGUCGAGUUCACAUAAUAUUAUUACCCAUAAAUAAUAUGGAUGAUAUAUAAUUAUCUGUAGGAUAACAUUACAUGCGACUGACAGCUCUCAAAAACGUGAAUAUUAUUUUGCACAUAUUCGGAAGAUUGAUUGCUGAGGAGAUGUAUAAAUGUAUUAUGUUUAAAAGAGAGCAGGGAUGAAAAUUUCCGUAUGGAAGUUGGUAGGGAAUUCCAAAACCAGGUAGCGUGUAAGAUAAGAGAUUUUUUAAAGAAAACAGUUUUAUGAGAAGGAAUGAACAGGUUCGAGGGCUGGGAUCUCGUCUUGAAAGAAUGGACAGAAGAAUAAAGAGUAAACCAAUUGUUGUUUGGUUGAAAAGGCUCGAAAAAGGGAUACACCUAGGAAGUAUUGCCGUCCGAAUAAUGGAUAGAGCCACUCCAUACCAACUGGAGACCUGGGGACUCCAAGUAUAAAUCUAAUGAAACAAUUCAUCAGUCUCUUUAAUCUGAUCUGAAGCCCUGGAGAAUAUAUACGCCAUACCUGGGUAUUUUAUGUAUUUAUUAAAAAUAUCAAAAAGUUUCUUUCUACACUAUCCGAAGCCCCCUAGGAAUUAAAUAGAACAGAUAGCCCUAGAAAUUGUUCUCCUCCAUUUAUCUACUCAAUAGAUUUUUAGUUCGUCGAUGACAAUCAUAAAUUUAAUGUUUAAAACGCAAGUAUCCCAUGGCAACCGUAUUAUCUAAGAAGAUUUCGGGAAAAAUUACGAAUUAUCUAGAAAAUGGAACAUUUUAGGGCUUUAAAAAACAGAUUUCAGUAUAGUUCCUUUGCAACUGUUUACAAAUCAGAAUCAGUAUAGUCCCCUCACCUUUUCGAUUGGUUACGUAUUUGAGGAUCUAUAAUUUGUUGUUUGAGAAUAAAUUCCACAGAAGGUAUGUUGGUGUUUCGAGUAUUUACAUCUUUUUAGAAAUAUGCAGCUAAUCCAAUAUUGAUUAAGCUUUGGAAUACAUCGGAAGACACGAUGAACUAAAUAUAUUUUAAAAUAAAUUAAAAAUGAGCGAAUUGUGUUAAUAAUCGAGAUGAAAAAGACAAUUCUUUUAGAUACUGAAUAAUGAAGAUUACGGUAGUUUGUACAUGUUAAAAUAAUGUCUGCACAAACAUUUCCAAAGAUAAGUAUGGAACUGGAAGUAGAAUGAAGUUCGGUGACAGACCGAAUUAAGAACACAGCGAACCAUUGCUGAUGAUGGGCCAUGCUCCUAAUGGUAAGGGAGAAGUCUUCGUAUGUCGAGAGCUUGUACAGAAAAAAAAGGAGAGAGAUAUUCAACAUGUCCGGAAUCUGGUUAGGACCCGGGAAGAAUGAUGAUUGUGACUGUAAACCAUCGAGCUUCUUUUACGGGUGAAGGUUUAUUGUUAAUAUUAUUUAUACAAUUUUAUGAUAUCUGUUCCACUUUUACUGUCCUUUACCUGCAUUUUUGGUGGAUUGAUGUUUGGCUUCAAUAACCGAAUCUUAGUUCAAUAUUUAUGGCAUAGAUUUGACUCCUUUUAUAACAAAAUUAAUUUAAAGGAUCGAUUGUGUAUUUUCAUGGCUCUAAGGAGAAAUAUCAAAAAUUUUAAUUUUAUCAAUUCUUCAUGCCAUUCUUGCUGUCGAAAAUAUUGCCCUCGCUCACAAAUACGAUAUAUCACCAGUAAAUUGCGUGUAGUUUUAUGAUUUCAUAAUAGAAAAUGUCUUUAGCAGUUACAAGAAAUAACUUAUUAUUCAUACGUUUGAUUUCUCAUAUCAUUGAAAUAUUUCAUUUUUCUCGCUUCUUUUAUUUCGGCACGACGUUCAAAAUGUUUUUUCUGUUGGAGGGAAUUAUCUUUCCUUGAAAAUACUUAGCAUUCCAAAUCUCAAAACCUACCAAGGCUGCCUGAAAAUUUAAAUUUUAUCUCAACCUAUACAGUUCUCUCUCGCCAAAUCAUAGUGGCCACUUUGGAUUCCGAUGUUAUCGAUCGUAGCACAGACCGUGGACACGAUCUACAAGGGACGGAUUGGGCCACUGGCCGGAUCGCAGUAGUUAGAGUAAUGAGAACGCCAUAUCGCAACGCAGUGCAUUUUCUCAUGAAUUAUGCAACCCGAGUGCGCUAGAAAAGCUCUUGGAAAGUCUCCGUCCGACCUUGGGAGGAAUUCUGUUCGAUCCACGCUCCUUCGAUGGACCUUGCUCCAUGCCGUCAUUAUCCGAUCAGUUUUAGCUUGUCGAGUUAACUAAAUAGUUUCAUCUGCCUUGAGAAGGAGUACCCUUAUCGUUUUUCAAUAUUUUUCAUAUACAAUCGUAGAUGUUGCUUUAGCUUGCAAUGAGUUCGAUUCCAUCCAGGUGUACUCAAUCGGGUUUCUUAGAAUGAGUUGAAAGAAUUAAAAAAUUCAUUGAAGAAGUAAAACGUAUUACAAAAUAUAAUACUAACUUUAUACUUCAUUUUAAAGUUUAAGUAUGAAGUCUAAAUGUUACAGUAAUAACAUAAUAGUUUGAAAUUAGGUUUAUUCUUCUCAAUAUAAAAACAAUCAUCUUAAAUAGAGAAAGAGGUAUUCAAGGUGAAAGAAUAGUAUGAUCAAACUGGGGCUCCCAUCCCUCCAAGCUGAUGGCGCAUGCCCCCUUUCUUCCACGAUAUUUUAUUGCUCACAUUUUCUUAAAAACAUAGGAAGCUAAGGUAUAAUUAGAAAUUAUACUAAAUUAGAUAAAUAAAAAAUCGUAAAUUAUGUAAAAUUACACUUCCUGUGGUCUAUUCUAUGAUUCCCCCUUGUCCCUUUCUCCGAAAAUUCAUAAUCCCGUCGAAAUACGCCCCCCUCAAAAAUUUUGAUGGCGCAACCCUCUUUUGGGCAUUCCUGCAAUCAAAUACCAUCUACUCAUAUUGAUAAAUGCCGCCUUAUUUAUUAAUCAAAAAUUUUAUCAUCACAGAAUCAUUUGGUGGUUUUUACUAAAUAAAAUCCAGAGAUUUUAACAGUCAAAAAGAUUGUAUUUUUUUAUUCUUUAUUAAUCAUAAAUACCACUCAGUUUCGACCUUAAGGCAAUCCAACACGGGCAUAUCGUCCACACCAAAGUAAAGAAUGUGCAAAAUAGAGCAGGUUAACGUUCGUCACUUUAACAUGGUUUCGACUAUAUUACCGGAGGCGCCAGCCACUUUUGGGAAUUAAAAAAAAUUUAAAAAACGUAAAAGAAUUAAUAAUUUUAGCCUAUAACUAGAGUCAUAUUGAAUGAAAAGCAAUGCAUAAAUUAUCUAAUUAAAACCUGCUUAAAAAAUUAAUUUAAUUUUCUUGUCUGCUGUCACUGAGAGAAUUAUAUCAGUAUCGGCCUUAAUGUAUGUUAAGAAUGAUUAAUUUUAGCCUAUUUAUAAAGUAAAUUAAUUAGAUACAUAUUGAAUAAAAUGAAAUUUAAAUAUUGCUUACAAUUAGCUGAAGAAAUAAAUUUUAAAUAUUUUUUGAGGGAAUGACGUGAUUUUCCGAUGGCGUUAAGUGUCUAAGAUCGGGACUAGUUUAUCUAGAACUGUUUCAGCAUUUCUUUUCCCCACCCUCCCAUGCCACUAUAGCAACACGGGUGUAUGCAGUAGUGUGGUGUUAAAGAUUGGAUAACAACACACUACUACAAUUAUAACAUUAUACGAUAUUCAAGACUGUACACACACUCUUUUAAUUUUCCUCAUUCUUCAACAAAUUAGGCCAUCCAGAAUCCGGAGGUCUUUCUUCUGCAGGCCCCACCGCCGCCUUCCAACCAUUUAUGAAGCCUUUGAACCAGGAGAGGUUUUUCUUACUCACCAACAGAGGAAACUCCUCCUCGAUGAGGACGUAAAUUCCUGUGGUUCUCGUCAACGUGGCUCGCAAUGCGUCGAAAGCAGUGCAGGCCGCGACCACGUGCUCAACGGUCUCCGGAACACCACCUUUUUCUUAUUUAUUACUUUUUUAUUAAACCAUCACGACUUUACCAAUAUUCACCUCCCCUCUUCUUCUUCCUCUCCCCUCUCCCGAUACGCUUUCAAAUAGUAUUUCUUUUAUUUUUAAUUUAGCAUUUAUUUGACCGCACCCCCUGACCAACUCCUUCUCAUACUAUAUCACGGUCAACCAUCUCUACAUCGUUAUGAAUUCAUUACCACGGGGUCAACGAGAAGAUAUGAAACCACAAUCCAUACGCCGCAGUUCCAGAUUUGGCGUAACAAUCCUAUAUAUUAUUUCUAAAAGGUGUUUUUUUGUCAUAACUGCAUCAAUUCUUCAUCAAAUCCAACUAUUGACCACUCAUUUUGAAGAUAUUCUUCUACUUCACAUGCGGAAAAUAGUCUCAUCCCCCCGAAAUUUCUGGGGAAAAAAUUAUGGUGGAAAAGAAACUUUAUUUGCAAAUAACUCAAAAAGUAUGCAUUUUUUUCUUGAUUGUACCCAUGAUAAUUAGAAAGAUUAUUAAAUUACCUACAAAACAAAAAAAAAUCGGACAAUUAUUAACAAAGAUACAGUCCAUUAAUUUUGGUAUACUUAAUAUUGUCUUCCUCUUUAACGAUAGAUAGGAGUAGAAUAGUCUACUACAUUUUCUUGCUGGCUUUUAUAUUAACUUUAUUAUUUCUUAAAGACAUGGGUUUAUUCUUAUAUUUUAUAUUAUUUUUUAAUAAUUUAGAAUACCCUAUGAUUGGGGCAUUAUUUUGUCUUUAUUACUUUUAUUAUCUUUCCAGUCAGUGUUUAAAAAUAGGUCCUAGCGAAGAAAUAUGUACAAAUAUUUUGGUCUAUUAUGUAAAAUGGAAUAUUGUAAUCGACUAAGGAAAAUAUAUUAAUUCCUUCCAUACAUAAUAAAUAGGAACUACUUAUUUCCAUAUUGUUUUGCUAUUUCUUCAAUAUACAAAUUUUUCGCACGAGCCAACUAGUUAAAAAUACUAUUUUUUAAAAAUUUAGUGUUUAUUUGACCGCACUCCCCGACCAACUCCUUCUCAUAUUAAACUAACAAGUUCUUGUCAUCUGACAAUUUAAUUAAAGUAAUAAAUACGUGUACUAUUCCUGUGGUGACUUGUUUUUUUGGCAUUCUAAAGUGGCCUAAUAUGAAGCUUGAGGAAAUGAAUCAGUUAGUAUGUUUUUUCCCCUGAUCUAGAAAAUGUUAUUACAAAUCUACAACUUUUCUACAAAUUAACACUUCUAUAUGGUCAGUAAUGAAGCCAUUGGAUGAUGCUUGCAUAGCUUUCAACUUGGUUUCAACGGAACAUAAAGAAGUCCCUAUGGAAGGAAUCGAGAUAAAAAUGGAAAAGUAAAGCACGAGAUGGUUGCUUCUAAAAUUAAAUAGUAAUUAGAAAUUAAAUAGUAUUGGUUAUUAUAACUCCAUUAGUCAAUUUAAACAAGGAUUUCGAAACUGAAGGAUUUAUUUUAUUAAUUCAGAAUCAGAUAGUUUCCACCAAUGCUUAUAAAAAUAUAUACGCAGAGAAGACAUGAGCGACUGAAAUCGUCAAUGUAAAAACACUAAUGAGUCAAUCCAGCAUUUAUCAUCAGGAUAUCAAGUGUUGGCAGGUAAAGAAAGUCUCACGGGGCACAAGAACCUGGCCAAGAUUGUCCAUUAAGCUCUGGUCUCAUUAUAUAUAACAUGAUAGCUGGCUAGAUUACUUAUUAUCGAUAUGAGCCCAAACUGGUACUGUCAGCAGAAAAUAGGACAAUAUAUUGGGAUUGUUCUAUAAUUAAACUCUACACAGAAGUAAAUAAUAAAAACAGUCUCAUCUGAUCGAAACUCUAAGAAGUGGUGUCUUUGAUAUUUGUUCACUACCGAUGAUAAUGUCAGAAAGUAUCAAGAUUUGUUCCAGGAGGUUUGGCAUCUUUAUAUAUAUAUAGGAGGUUUGGCAGGAUCAUAUAUAGGUAUAUCCGGUAGUGAUUUUCAACAAAUCUUUCAUCCCAUAUGAUAUCAUCUGCUCUAUUGAGAACUCGAAGCUGCCAGAAACAGUUUUGGAAGGUCAGAAAACAGCACUCCUCAGCAUAGUGAAUAUCGUUUUGGUAGUUUGUGAAUAUUUCUGACAAAAUCGUAAAAUAAUAAUGCAUUUAUUCAAAAGAUAUUUACUCUCGGUCAUAGCCCAUCAGUCGGUAAGUCCGAUAGCAGACAAUAUUAAAAUAUUAAUCAAGUAAAUAUAUUUCUGUAUUUAUUUAGUUUUUUUGUUUUAUAUUAUUACUCUCUGGCCUGCCGCAAUAUUGAUGAAACAUUUACUUAGUUGUACUGAUAGACUGAAGACUUUGUUUUGGUGGCAAUAAACAAUAAUGUUUUUCCUUUCUUUUUUUGGUUUUAGCUCUGAUUAAUCAAUUGUCAAUAUGUAUAAUGAUGAAUGUUUUAUUUGCCCGCAGGGUGAUAUAUCAGAGAUGGGAAGUGAGCAUUACUGCCUGAGGUGGAACAAUCAUCAGAGCAAUCUCCUAGGUGUAUUCAGUCAGCUGUUGGAGGCAGAGAGCCUAGUAGACGUCACCCUCGCUUCCUCGGAGGGCCACUCCCUCAGGGCUCACAAAGUAGUUUUGUCGGCUUGCUCAUCUUACUUUAGGUCCCUGUUUCUAGAUCAUCCCAAUCGGCAUCCAAUAGUCAUCCUGAAGGACGUGGGUUUUGCCGAAUUAAGAACACUUGUGGACUUCAUGUACAGAGGUGAAGUGUCUGUUGAGACGUGUAGACUUUCUGCCUUAUUAAAAACAGCUGAGAGCCUUCAGGUAAAAGGUUUAGCAGAGAUGACUGCGUUGAAGUCGAACAGCGGCGGCGAAGGGGAAACAACGCCGCCCCCUCAGCCACAAGCCCAGCCUGGUGCGAGCCCGCCGCCGAGCGCCCCUCAAGAAGAAGACGCUGAGUCGGUCCAGAGUGGCCCCUCGGACAUGACGGUCCACCACCCACCCUCGCCUCCUCCGCAGCCGGAGCCUCAGCCCGGGCCGUCGGGCCUGCCUCCAGUGCAGGAUGCCCCCCUGUCAUUAAAAAAAGAAGUGGAUUGGGAUCGAGGAGAUGAAAAUAAAAGCAACGCAGGAGAAAGUUCUUCCGACUACAGGCACCCACACGAUCCAGACAAUAACGAUGGUGAGAAUCGGGCAGUGUAUUCGUGUAUGUACUGCGGAGCGAUAUUUCCACACCAGAGCAAAUUGACGAGACACAUCCUCUCUCACAGCCUGGAGACUCUCAAGUACAGGGAACAGCUCCUGCCGCAGCAGCUUCCUCCAUACCAAGGAGUCAAGGCAGAGGUGCCCGGUGCGUUGUGUAAGUUUUGUGGAAAGACAUUCCCUGAUGUAGGGUCCCUCAUCGGCCACUUGCCAGCACACACUGGAGACCGGCCGUUCAAGUGUGAAUUUUGUGGAAAAGCUUUCAAACUACGGCAUCAUAUGAAGGACCACUGCCGUGUCCAUACAGGGGAACGUCCUUUUAGGUGUUCACUGUGUGGUAAAACUUUCUCACGAUCUACGAUACUAAAAGCACAUGAAAAAACUCAUUAUCCUAAAUAUGUGAGGAAGUUCCUUUCGUCACCGAGCCCGGAGGAUGAAAGGAGAAAUCAAGAGAUGACCCAUAUGCCUUGCGACCUCUCUGUAGACUCGGUCUGCCUCCCGAGACCAAUGCCGUUCGAGAUACCUUCGGAACCUCUUUACCUACCACGGACUUCACCUUCUCCCUGACUCCAGUUUUAUUAUUAUUAUUAAUUUUGUUAUUGUGAAGUAAACCUUUCUUUCUUUUUUUUUUAAUUUUAAAGAAAGGUUUAUUUUAGUACUUUAGUGUUUUGUUAGUUACUUUUCAAAAGUUAGCAAUGAAAACAGUGAGGACAAUAAAUAACAGUAACAGAUGUACUAGGGAUUCCUGAGACCAAAUGUGUUAGAUAAAUAUAUUUAUGUUUUAGAAUAAAUAGUUUGUUAUUAUGUAGUUAUUAAACUUUUUUAGUAUAGUGUUUUUUAGGACAAUUGGUAAAUAAAUUUUUUUAAUGUACAGAAUAUUAUUUGAGAAUAGAUCUAUUAAUACUAGCUUUAUUGGAAUAUAUAAGAAUUUUUAUUCUUUUAUUUAUUAUGCCAUGUGUUACUGUUAUUACUGAUGGCAUUAAAUGUUAAUGUUCUAAACUACAUUUUAUUUACGCUAUGAGUGCCACCAUUAGGCAUAGGACACCCCCAGGCUGACGUCAUAUCCCCCUCUAAAAAAUUAAAUCUAUUUCUUAAGCUGUUUUAUAUUAUAUAAUAUUUGAAUUUUAUUUCAUUCAACAUUUCUCUAAUACAGUUGCAUUAUAGAUAGGCUAAAAUUAAUCAUUUUAAUACAUUUUGUAUUUCUUACAAUUGGCGAGCCCCCAUAAAUAUCGGCCGGCAGCCGGGGGGCGAUUGCCCUAUCCUAAGACCGGCACUGUACACUAUUACGUCGUACCCUCAGUGCAAUACUAACAUAAAUAAAAAAUCUAAACAUUGUAAAAAUGUAGUUCAACAAUUUUAAAUUUAUAUUAAGACUCAUUUUGCUAUUCGAUUAUUCUAUUGGAAUUAAAAAUCAGUAUUUACUUGAAUUUCUUUUUUUUAGUUAUGUUAGUAUUGUAUUAAGGACGUGAUGUGACUUUGUAACACAAUUGGGUUAAAUAAUUCUAGAUUUAUGAUUGAAAAUCUAAUAAUAUAAGUGGGUUUAAUAUUUGAUACAUUGCUUACUUUUGAAAUGUUCCAAAAUAAGACAACUUGAAAAGUGUAAUAUGAGGAAAAUGUUAUCUGCUUUAUCAUUUAUUUGUUAUUUAAUAUAUUGUAAUUAAUUAAUAUUAAUAUAAUGUAAAAUCAAGUUUAAGCAAUUUUAAACUUUCUUGUUUAGGUUUUUAACUUUAUUGUUCCUGACAGAGUUUGACUCUGUAAAAGAUAGCUUUAAGCUAUGUUGUAGUUUAUCAAGAAAUCUUAAAGAUUUUAUUUAUUCUUUUAAUAAAUUUUAUUUUUAAAUUUAAAAAAAAAUUGCACAUUGUUUUCUUCUUUAUAAUGGUUUAUUUUUUUAUAGAGGUUCAGAUUGUUUUGGCUUGCUAUAUUGUUAUAAUGUUACAAGAUCUAGUCGGGGCCAUAACACUUUAAAUUCAUGCCCUCGAAGGUGCUUUGAAUCCAAGAGCUCUUUACUAUAUCCAAUAAAAGUCAUAAAAAAUUUAUUUAUAUUAACCUUAUAAAAGAAAACUAUUCCUGCCUAUAAAGUUAGUAUAUUAGUAGUCGACAAAUGACUAACGCGCAAUAGAUAGGAAGCCGCUUAGCAACCGCUAUUGUCAACGGUAGCCUAUGUUCUCAAGUUAGGUAGAGUCCAACGUGAUAAUGCAGGAGGUUCUAGCUGAGAGUUAAUUAUAAUUCAAUAAGUGUUAAUAACAAUAUUAAGCAGUAUAUAAAACUUGUUAUAACAUUGAAAGUAUGUAUAUAUAUAUUAAUAAAGCCGUAUUUUCUCAUAUUCAAGUUAAAUUAAAUGAAAGUGUACCUCAUAAUUGUUAAAUAAUCCUAAAUUUUUAAACUAAGGAUGUUGUAUUUUAAUUUUGUUUUUCUAUGAACUACAACAUUUUAUAGCAUAAUAUAAUAAUUCAUUUGUUGAAAAAUAACAAUACUGAAACCACCACACAAUCAAAUCACAAUUUAAUAAUAGUAGCACUAAAUAUCAUAGUAGAUAAUUAAUCAUUGUAUUUAAAUUAAUUAAGUUAUUGUUUCAUUACAUUUUAUUUUUGAUCUUAUAAAGUUGAAUUGUUCAACUUUAAAAUCAAAACUAUCGAGAAAAGUGAAAAAAAAUGUAUUUACAUCAGAAAAUCAAAUGGUAUCAAGAGUUGGGUACUGUUAAAAAACAUGAUAUAUAUAAUUGAUCUGAAUUGAAAAUUUUAAUAAUAUUUUUCCCCCAGUGAAAACGGAACUUUUUUUGCUCUCAAAAGAUCCUAUUGGAAAUCAGUUUAAAAAUGUACUAAUUAUUAAAUUGAAUAAGGAAAAUAAAUCAUCUAAGAAUUUAAAGAAAUAUUAAUGUACAAUAUUUAAUUUUUUUUUCAAUGUGCAUUUUGUGUUUAACUGCCUGUGAGUUGCAUUUUGGUGCUUUAUGCUAAGUUGAAGUGAAGUAUUCGAUUAGAAAGUAAUAUUUAAGGGAUUUGAGAGGUUCCCCUCCGCUAGGCUGUUAACGACGUCUUGGCUGUGAUAUUUUGAGCUGGGAGGAUACAGGGUCGGGGGUAAUGCAUACACUCGUAAAGAAUUUAAUCGUUAAUUUCAUUCUGUGAUGUAUUGUUUAGGUAACGGCUAUUGCUAACGGGCAUCUCAUUUGGGGCAUUCCGAAUCGUAAAUAAAUUGUGUACUUAUUUAAUUUUAAGCUGACGUAAACAGAUGGAAUGAAAACCUAGUGCCUCAUGCUUGUAUAUGAGUAAAUACGGAUUUUCGAGUCUCAUUCAUCGAGAGAAUGAUGAACUGAUCUUCCAACCCAUUUUAUCAUCUUUUCUUUUAAAAUUUCCAAACUUGAAGUAUUAAAUUAUUCUUUCAUUGUGAAGCUUGAGUUUAAACGUUUUUCCCUUGACUACAAUAUAACAUAUAUUAUGUUUAGAAAUAUUUUAUUAGGAUGAUAAAGAAAAAAUCAUAUUCCCAAAAUUAUGUUCAUUCCAAACUUUAAGAUUUAUCAAUAGAAUAUACUAGUACACCUGCCGAAGAUUAGAUAAAUGUGUUGAAUAAGAAACAUAAUAGAAGAUGGUAUGAUAUUGAGCAUUGUUGGAUUAGUGAAAAAAAAAUUAUAUAAAAUAUAAAUAGGGGUUUGGUAAGGCAAUCCAGUGAUUUACUUCAAAUUGUUUAUAUUUGUUAAAUUAAUGAUUCCACAAAUAAGUUAUAUAAUAUGUUAUCUUAAUAUUAAGAAUUUUGCAAUUAUAUAAGUCUUAUGUUUUACUCAAUAUAAAAUGAGCUGAAAAAAAGGAAGAAAUAUUGAUCAUGUCUUAAUUGUUAAUUUUUUAAAACUGUAGUUAUUGUAAUUUGAAGAAAAAGAACUUUUAAUUGUCUUCUAUUUUAUGUUUAGACGAACACAAACUAGUUCGAC